AUGGCUGGGGGCAGAGGGCCCCGUGCUGCAGCUAACUCGGGUCGGGAAAAUGCGACAGCGACUGCCCACUCGAGGUCGUCAUGGCGACAGCCAGUGAACGUGUUCCUCUCCUCGGGCAGGCCCCCGAGUGUAGAGGAGCUGCUUCGCGAGGCGCAGCUCAAUCUCCAGAGCCUGUUGCAAGAAGAAUAUGAGGAACAGUACUCGGAGGCCAGACUUCUGGGGCAGACCUUCCGCUCUUCUGAUGAGGCCCCUGAGCCCAUCCCCAGCCCAAGGCCCCAGUCUGCCAGGCGCCUGGAGUUUGUACUGAUGCCUACAAAACAACAACUGAGCGAGGAUGAAACUACUACCCAGGGUGUGAGGGCCCCUGAGGCCUCCCUGAGCCUGUCUACCACAGCCGACAAGCAAACUGCCUGGAAUAGCCCCUUCCCCCUGCCCAUCCUAGAGGAGAAGCGGUGGCCUCAGCCUUGCUCCACACAAUCUGACAUUGUGCCCAUCAACAUCUCUGGGCAGCAGUUUGAUAAACUCGCAAGUUUGCGACAUUCGUUGUUUAACACAGAGACAGCCGUGAACCCAAAGUCUACUCUGAGGCGGAGGCGGACCAUUAUUGGAUUCUCUAACUUUUCCCAGCGAGACCAAGGUCACAGCAACAGCUCAACAGGCAGUGUGGCCCACUCUACCACCUCCAACAUCAGACCCAGUCACUCAGUUCCGGAUAGUGUUCAUGGAAGAGUUGCAGUUGGUCAGGAAGCUCGGUUCCCAAGUCUUACCUCGCCAGUACUGAGACCUUCUUCUAGUGAGCUGGAAGAACUUCACCAGGGACAAGGUAGCCCAAACCCUCCUGGCAUGGAGGGCAUGGGAAUGGUGUACAGCGUCCCCAGUUCUUGCAAUGGACCAACAGAAUCGACCUUUUCCACUUCCUGGAAGGGAGAUACUUUUACCUACAUGACUCCAAGUGCCACCAGCCAGAGCAAUCAAGUCAGUGAAAAUGGAAAAAAUCCUUCCUCUGGGAAUUCUUGGGUCUCUCUGAACACACUCCCACCUCUGGUUCCUAAGGAGGCUGCUACGCUCUGUGUUGCUCAUGAUAGCCCAGCAGGCUGCAGUGGGCUAGCUGGCUACUCUGAGCACCCUAUUCAGCGAAGGCACCUACUGGAAAGACCCUCCAAGAUUGGCCUUCUGACCAGUGGUACCUCAAGGCUGGAGACAGGCCCAGGUGGGGCCAGCAGAUUCCGGGAGCGGUCACUGUCUGUGCCCACAGACUCCGGCACCACAGAUAUGGACGAUGAUGAGGAGCAGAAGGCCAGUGAGGCCUGUGCCCUGCCUUAUGCCAGUACAAGCUCUGAGGGCAGUAACAGUGCCGACAACAUCACCUCUCUUAAUGCCCAGCAGGAGGCCCAGCACAGAAGGCAGAGAUCCAAGAGUAUCUCACUCAAGAAGGCCAAAAAGAAGCCUUCCCCACCAAUGCGCAGUGUCUCACUGGUCAAAGAUGAGCCAGGCCUCCUGUCAGAAGGUGGGUCAGUUCUGCCCAGGGACCAGAGGCCCAGGAGCCUUUGCCUCUCCUUGGAACACCAAGGACAUCACUCGUCCCAUCCAGAUGCUCAGGGUCACCCAGCUGUGCCAAACCUCAAAGAUCCAGAAGGUACACAAUUUUCCCACCACUGGUAUCUUACUGACUGGAAGUCUGGUGACACUUACCAAUCUUUGUCCAGCUCCAGCACUGCCACUGGCACCACAGUCAUUGAGUGCACCCAAGUUGAGGGCAGCUCAGAGUCUCUUGCCUCCCCUUCCACCUCCAGAGCCACUACACCCUCCCAACUCUCUAUCGAGGUGGAGGCUAGGGAAGUAUCCUCCCCAGGAAGGCCCACCGGACUGAUGUCACCCUCCAGUGGCUACUCCAGCCAGUCAGAGACACCAACACCCACUGUUUCCAUGUCCUUGACCCUGAGCCACUUACCCCCUCCAAGUGGCAGUGGCCGGGUACGUCCAGUGGUACCUGAGAGGAAGUCAUCACUACCGCCAACAUCACCAAUGGAGAAAUUUGCCAAGUCACGGCUAUCAUUUGACCUACCACUGAGCUCUUCAGCCACCUUGGAUCUGUCUGGGAUGAGUAUCUCCAUCCGAAGCAAAGCCAAAGUGAGCCGGCAUCACUCAGAUACAAAUUUUGGGGCCAAACUGGCCCAGAAAACUAGUCCCAACCAGCCAAUCAUGCCCAUGGUUACUCAGUCCGACCUACGUUCUGUUCGCCUGAGGUCAGUCAGCAAGUCUGAGCCAGAAGAUGACAUUGAGAGCCCUGACUAUGCUGAGGAACCCAGAGCAGAAGUCUUCACUCUGCCAGAGAGAAAGAUGAAACCUCCUGUAGCUGAGAAGCCUCCGCUGGCCCGAAGGCCCCCAAGCUUGGUCCACAAGCCACAAUCUGUUCCUGAGGAGUAUGCACUAACUUCGCCUACCUUGUCUAUGGCCCCCAAGAGCUCAAUUCAACACAUGAGACCACUCCCUCAAGAUAGCUACACAGUGGUGCGGAAACCAAAGUCCUCCAGCUUUCCCGAUGGCAGAAGCCCAAGGGAGUCAACAGCACCCUCAUCUCUUGUUUUUAUGCCUUUUGCCAGUUCCUCUGGUGCUUUCUUCUCAGGAACACAGAAGCCUCCCCAGGGAAGUAUGGAGGACGAGGUCCCCAAGGUGAGAGCUCUGCCUGAAAGAAUUAGUUUCCAGAAUCAGGAAGAAGCAGAGAAAAAGAAAGGCAAGAUUCCACCUCCUGUACCAAAAAAGCCCAGUGUGCUGUGUCUGCCUCUCACCUCCCCCACAGCUCAAAUGGAGGCCCAUGUGACAGAACCAAGGCUGCCUCUCAGCCCCAUCAUCACCCUAGAGGAAGAAGCCAAGUGUCCUCCCACUGGCGAUGACCUGCAAUCACGUGGUAGAAGGACAACUUCAACUCUGCAGGCUGACAGUGAAAAGGAGGCAAGCCCUCCGGGGAGUUCUGUGGAAACAAGCACCGAAGAAAAAAGUUUAAUCAGUGAUAAAACAGCUGAAUGGAUUGCGGAGGAUGAUGAUGAUGUGUUUGUGGCUUCACGCACAACUGAAGAUUUGUUUACUGUGAUACACAGGUCCAAAAGGAAGCUGCUUGGCUGGAAGGAGCCUGGUGAGGCUUUUGUGGGUGGCAGACCAAGCUCCCACUCACCAAUAAAGAACACAGCUGAAUAUCCAGUCAGUGAAUCUGCUGCUGCCACAGGGUCAGGCAGCAGUACCAACCUAGAUGCCGGCAGAAAUGAUGAUUUCAAAGCCUUGCUACAGAAGAAGGGAAGUAAGGCAACCCCAAGGUCCCGCCCCUCAGCAGCCGAACUGCUGAAGACCACUAACCCACUGGCUCGGAGAAUUAUUGCACAAUUUUCAAAAGACUAUGAAACCACUGAUGACCCCAGUACCUAAGCCCUGGGUUCAGCAAGCAGGGUUUACUUUUAAACUUGAGUAGAGAAGGGGGAAGAGAAAGGGUUUUUAAAAGGAACUGUGGGAAUAACAACAGAGCCUACAUUUCUUUCACAUUAACUCACACUCUGGACAGCAGGAAAGAGGCCUCUUCAUCUAGAGCUAAAAUCAUCAGGCACGUAGUCAUCUUUA